AUGCCGGUCUCCGACAUGGAGGCCAACGAGCUGGCCACCUACGGCGAGGGCCUCACGAACGAGCUGCUGUGGAUCCUUUCGCCACAGCGCGUGGCAGACACGGAGCAGUAUGCCGCCGCCGUGCCUGGAGUCAUCGAUGUCUCGGACGCUGUGGACCCGGAGCAUCCCCAGGGCACGGAGCCCUUCGAUGUGGAGGGAGACGACGGCGACAACAUCAAGAAGUCUGCGGACGAGCAGGUGGUGCAGUUCGCCGCGGAGCGGGCUGCGGAGCCGCCCAACCAGGAGGCGAUUGAGGCGUCGGAAGCUGUGCAGAUCGAGCAGGGUGUGCUGGAGAAGCUGCACGACGGCUUCGGCAGCCAGGCGGAAGUCCAGGAGCAGUUCAUGGGCACGGUCAAUCCCGAGGUGGUCCAGGAGCAGUUCGACACCACUAGCUGGAAGUACCGCGCUGGAGAAAAUUGGCUGUCCUUCGGCAAUCAGAGCGCGGAGAUAGAGAAAGCAUAA